AUUCCCAGGAAAUUUUUUUGGGAGUGAUUCAGGAAGCGUGACGUAAUUUUUCUUUUUCUUCAGCUCACCAUGUCUGCUCCGGGUUACCCAGGUGGUUAUUCYACGCCCCCUUAUCCAGCAGGGGGUUACCCUGAUCCCAGUCAAGCACCUCCUCCAGGCUUCAACAUGGCCUACAGUCCGGCUCAGCCUGUUAUGUAUCAACCAGGCCCGAUGGGACCCAGUCCAGGUCAGGGGCCGGAGUAUGGCGGUCCACCGAUGGGGAUCUCAUCAGCCCCAGCUUCUGUCCCGACUGGGGUCCCACCAGGACUUGAAUACCUCACACAGAUCGAUCAGAUCCUGAUUCAUCAAAAAGUGGAGCUCCUGGAAGCGUUCAUCGGUUUCGAGACCAACAACCAGUACGAGAUCAAGAACAGCCUGGGCCAGAAGAUCUACAAGGCCAAGGAGAAGAACGACUGCUGCACCAGGAACUGCUGCGGCUCUCUGCGCAGCUUCGACAUGAAGAUCAAGGACAACACGGACCGAGAGGUCAUCCGCCUCAUCCGGCCRUUCCGCUGCGUCUCCUGCUGGUGUCCCUGCUGCCUGCAAGAGCUGGAGGUCCAGGCUCCACCGGGCACCACCGUCGGGUACGUCAAGCAGGACUGGCACCCCUGCCUGCCCAAGUUUUCCAUCCAGGGCCCCAACAAGGAGACUCUGAUGAGACUGGAAGGGCCCUGCUUCGCCUGCAACUGCUGCGGGGACGUCAACUUUGAGCUGAAGGGGAAAGACGAUCAAGUCAUUGGGCGCAUCAGCAAGCAGUGGAGCGGCCUCCUGAAGGAGGUCUUCACCGACACCGACAACUUCGGCAUCCAGUUCCCGUUGGACCUGGACGUGAAGAUGAAGGCCGUGCUCAUGGGCGCUUGCUUCCUCAUCGACUUCAUGUUCUUUGAGAAGGUGGGAGACGCCAACCAGCGCAGCACCGUCUUUUCAUAACUGAAGAGAACCAAGGCCCAGGCUCCGCCUCCACUCAUUCUCCGUCUGUUUUUUUACUCUUACCAUUCUUCAGCUCUUCAUCUAGAAUCCAUAAAGAAAGCCAUUUGAGGUCAUUAGUUGCUAAUUGGAUUAAAUCAUUUAGGAAUAUCUGUCCAGUCCCAGAAACUGUGCUGAACAUUUCAACCUCAUGUCGUGUUCGUCCGUUUGUCUCAUUAUCAAUGUUUUAUAAUCUUCCUAUUUUAUGAAGCAUUUAUAUYCCGUGUAGUGCAAUAUUGUUGUGGGUGUAGAAAAUGUGUCAGUCGCUUUGUUUUUCAAAGUUUUAGUCGAAGAAGUCAGUUAAUGUCUUCAGAUUCAGAAAGUGUCCUCYCAAAAAUCUUGACUUUUACCAGCUUCGGCUGUUAAUUAGCUAAUGUUAGCAUGUAUGCACGCAAAUAACUAUUAACCUCAACUGCUAUAUAUAAAAAAAAAGAAGAAGGUGUGGUCACAAACUCUGUUCUUAUCAUCGUGUUUCAUCGAGCGGGAAGUGCUAACUAAGUGCUAAGUACUAACAGGAAGUGGUUAUGUUGGACAGCUGUGAAGUGUUCACUAAAAACGAUCAUUCUCUUUCACUCCACUGCCUUAAAAUAUAAAGCCCCCCACACCCCGGUGGUCCACCAGCCUCUCGGGGUAGUGUCUGGUAAAACUGGUGCAGAGGCUGUAAAGUAAAGAUCACAUGCUUCUGUGGGGAUAUAACAGUUGCCGUGGAUGCCACUGCCGGAGCGUAACCUCUCUCUUUAUUUUUGGUUGUUUUUUCACACCCCAGCAGCACUGUCUGAUUUAAAUACGGCCAGUUUGAAGAUAUGAGACAGUCUGACCGAUGGGUGAGAGCAGAAUAAAGUAAAAAAAAAACUAAAGUUUGAAGAGGAAAUAAAAGGUUUUGUUUGUGUUUUCUUUUUAAAGUGGACGUUGAGGUUUGUGAACACUCCAGUGACCUCAGAGGUUUCAAACCAACUCGAUUAUGAACCUUCAGCUGAUUGAGCUUUACCAUGUUUUAURUUAAUGGAACAAAUUUGUGUCAAAGGGGAAAUUAAAAAACAAUAUUCUGCUGAGWUUUUUGUUCGAUGAAAAGUUUGCAACUUUUAUUACCUUUUUUCUCUGAUGUGUAAUCUUCAUAAACCAUAAAAGAAGCCAAAGAUUUUUUCAUGUUUUAUCAGCAGCAUCUGAUCACUUUUCUACUGUUCAUUGUCCUAAUUUUGUUUUUUUGUUUUUUUACAUAAUCGAAUGUAUUUCAGUAAAUAAACUUGUGCCAUGUUAAA